AUGCCGGCCAUCCGACCACUGAGUCCCGAGCUCCAGAAGACUGCGGUUGAGAAGCUGAACGAGGUGCCCAGUAAGUUGGAUGACGACAUCGCCGCUCUGAGGGAUUGGAUCAAGCAGCAACCGCACUUGAAAGCCCGCACAGAUGACCAGUUCCUGGUGAACUUCCUGCGCGGCUGCAAGUUCAGUUUGGAAAGGACCAAGUCCAAGAUCGACAGGUUCUACACACUACGCAGCAAGUACCCAGAGUUUUAUUUGGGUCAUAAUGUCGAUGUGGACAAAGCACUGGAGAUAUUCAGAUUGGGCACCAUAGUUAUUCUGCCACGUCCUCUAAACGAUAAUGGCCCGCGAUUGGCUCUGCUUCGCUUGGCCUGCUACGAUCCCAGCAAAUACACCUUCCAGGAGGUGAAUCGAGCUGCUGGUCUCAUGCAGCAGAUUAUGCUUGACGAGGACGAUGUGGCCAUUGUAAAUGGGUUGAUAUCCAUUCUGGACAUGUCCAAUGUCACCACCGGGCACUUCCUGCAGAUGACACCGUCAUUCGCCAAGAAGAUGACCGUUUUUCAGGAGGAGGCACUGCCCCUGCGACCGCAGGGAAUCCAUUUCAUUAAUACGCCCAACGGAUUUGACACCAUCUUCAAUAUGAUCAAGCCCAUGAUGUCUAAGAAGCAGCAAGGACGCCUCUACGUUCAUGGAAGCAAAUGGGAGGCACUCUACAAUCAGAUUCCCAAACAGUAUUUGCCAGUUGAAUACGGAGGGGAGAACGGAUCGAUUCCGGAUCUACUGCAGCACUGGGAGCAGCGUAUUCUGGCCUACCGGAAUUACUGGGAGGAGGAGAAGAACUAUGGAACCGAUGAAAGCCUCCGAGUGGGUCAGCCCGUCGACUUCGAGAGUCUUUUUGGUCUGCAGGGUUCCUUCCGGCAAUUGAAUGUGGACUGA